CACACUAAGCAAACCCUCUCUCUCUUUCUCUCUUUUUUAUUUGUUUGUUUAUUUCUGUUUGCAAGAACAAGACAAAGCUUAUUCCUUUAAAUUCUUCGUCGGAUCCUUCGCUUUUUCUUUUCUCUCCUAACUCCCAACGACACAAUUGCUACCACCAAGAUUUAAAACAAGAAACGGUGUCGUAUUUUUAAAUAAAACGCAACAAUGAGGUGUAAGAAGCACUUACCUGACCUCACCAGCACAAUCGGCGUUUGCGCCUCGUGUCUCCGGGAACGUCUCCACCCUAUCUACGUAGCCCAGGUCCAGGCCCAGGCCCAUGCCCAAUCCGGAGAAAACGCAUCUCCCCGGCCCAAGCCGGAGGAGAAACCUGCGCCCAUCAAUUUCCCGCGCUCGGUGUCCCCCUACGUCUCGCGCAGAAAAUCCGACUGCGACAGCCGCCGAGAGAGGCUCUUCUACGGCACGCCGCAGGCUAAACCUGCCGCGCGCGACGGCGGAGCUGUGGCGGAGAAGCGGAGACACGGCGGCGGAAGGUUCUGGAUGUUCUCGAACAUUUUCCGUGGCAGAUCGCACAAGACGGAGGCCGCGCGUCGGGAACCGUACGAGGAACGGCCAACGGGAUCGUCGUGGUUCACGACGAUGCUCCCUACGCGCCACCACAAAGGCGGAGAAACCGACAGACGGAGAUUCAGGCGCGCGGAUCGUGGUAUGUCGCCGUCAACGGCGGCUGAUUUAAGCGAUGAGGCGGCGCAGGAGCGGUCCGAUUCCGGGAAUUCGACGGAGUGUUCGCCUCAGAGACAGAAUCCGACGCCUGCAACGGCACAUCGGCGGUCUCGGAUGAGUGCCGGCGGCGGAGCCAAGGGACUGUCGACGAGCAUGGCGUUCUGUCUGAGUCCUUUGGUUCGGGCGAGUCCGAACCAGCAUUGGACCCAUAACAAUAAUAAUACCAAUAAUAGUAAAGGAUUGGGCCAGGAGAUGGGUGCUGGUGGGCCCCACCACAUAUCAUCUGCGGCGUCGUAUUGCGCCAAUCGGUCGCGGAAGCUAGCGGAUUUCGGCAGGAACCCGCACAACCGUUGAUUUUGCGGACCGUGGUACGGGCUUGUGUUUUUGUCCGUUUCCGUUUCGUUUUGUAGAUUCUUUUUUCUUUUUUUUCUUCUCUCUUCUUUCUCACUUUGUAUAGUUCACAUAGCUCAUUGCAAUUUACAAAAGAAAAAAAAUAUAUACUUUUCAAAAUAUCAGUUUGAUACUUUCAGAUUGAUGUGUUACUGAUUAAGAAAAGUUUCUCUUUUUUGUGAUAAAUCUUGAAUAUGGAUGAAUUAUCUUGUCUAGUGUGAAAGUUAAUUUCGUAAAAAAAUGUUACUGUA